CGUGCCGGGCCGUGUGUGUGCGGUGGGGGGCGCGCCCCGCGCAUGGAGGCGAUGCCGUGCCAGAGCCAGCGGCUCGGCCCGCGCCCGCACGACGAGGCCACGGCGGCCGGCGGCGGCACCCGGCUCAUUCGCUUCGCGGAGCCCGGCGAGGACAGCGGCUGCCCCAGCCCGGACAACAGCAGCAGCAGCAGCAGCUCCAACGGCGUGGCGGCGGCGAUCCCCGCCGGGGAGAGCGGCGCGGCGCCGCUCGGGCCGCAGCUGAAGCUGCUGCCCAUGAACGACCAGCUGCGGGAGCUGCAGACCAUCAUCAGGGACAAGAAAUCCAGUAGAGGAGACUUCGUAUUUUCUGCUGAUCGCCUGAUCAGACUUGUGGUUGAAGAGGGACUGAAUCAACUGCCUUACACAGAAUGCACCGUGACCACUCCAACAGGACACAAGUAUGAAGGAGUCAGAUUUGAAAAGGGAAACUGUGGAGUCAGCAUAAUGAGAAGUGGAGAGGCAAUGGAACAAGGAUUACGAGACUGCUGCAGAUCGAUCCGCAUUGGGAAGAUCCUGAUACAGAGCGACGAGGAGACGCAGAGAGCCAAAGUGUACUACGCCAAGUUCCCACCAGACAUCUACAGAAGAAAGGUUCUGCUCAUGUACCCAAUACUCAGUACUGGCAAUACUGUCAUUGAGGCUGUCAAAGUUCUUGUAGAACAUGGCGUACAACCAAGCGUCAUUAUCCUGCUCAGCCUGUUCUCCACACCUCAUGGUGCCAAAUCCAUCAUCCAGGAAUUCCCAGAGAUCACCAUUCUAACGACAGAAGUUCAUCCCGUUGCACCAACACACUUUGGACAGAAGUAUUUUGGAACAGACUGACGGAACACACGGAUGUGACUCUAUGAUGUUACAACAGGUUUUUUUUUUCUACAUUUUGUUAUUGGUUGAGGGCAUGUUUUAAAAUGUUUUUGGCCAAAGGGGGAAAUAUUUGACUUAGGUCAGUUCUGGUUUACUGCCUGAACACGGAGUCAGGUUCAGUAACAAAGCACUCUGUCAUGACAAAGUCAAGCAUCUCAACACUGGGGUUGUAUAAAGUGCUACACUCUCUGCUUUAACUUAUUUAUUCUAUAGCCUGUCUUGUGGCUGCUUGCACAAGCAAAAUAAAACAACUCAAUCAGG